AUGAAUUCCCUGUUUAUGGUGAUGAGUCCCCAGGCUGGAUCCUUCCCUCCCUUGCACCACCUUGGACAAAGGCUGCUGAUGCCAUGGGAUGAGGGUGGGUGGUUUUUCCACCAGCAGAGGCAGGAUGAGCCCCACGGAGCUGAGCAACCCCAGCAAGGGCGCCGAGCUCUGCUCCUGCCCCCAGCCCCAUUUCAGCACGCCCCACGGCUGGCCCUGCCUGCCUCAGGUGGGUGGAAUUCCCAGGCAGUGGCUCAGGCAGGCAGAGGACGAGGCAGGGAGCAGCCAGCCCGGUGGAUUCACCGCCAUUUGUGCGAAAAAUUCUCAGGGAAAAUUCUUUCUCUCCCUCUCAGGCCCCUAAACUCUUUGUGAAUGGGGCCAGUGCAACAUGUGGCCUUUCACCUCGCCCAAGAACCACUGCCAGACAGCCACACUCAGAGAAUUGUUUGUUAAUAGUCCAAUUAGAUAAUUGCCAUCUUUCACUCCUUUUGCUCUACAUUUCCCAUAAAGGAAUGAAUAAGGAGAGAAGCAUGAAGAGGGCUUCUGCCCUGCAAGGUGACAAGAAGGACUGGAGCAUGCUCUUUGCACAAGGCCAUUUGCUUGAAUUGAAUCAUUGUAGCCUAAUCAAUGGUCUUAUUGGAUUACUGGCUGUUGCGGUUCUCAAAGAUAUUGUAGCAGAGACAAUGAAAUAGCUAGAGUAAAACUUUUUUUCUCCUUUAGUGGAUCACGCAGUUGAGAUUUUUCACGGGCUAUCUCUCUCUCUCUCUCUCCCUCCUUCCCUCCCUCCCUCCCUCUCUCUCUCCCUCUCUCCCUCUUUCUCCCCCUCUCUCUUUCUCCCCCCUCCUGGAUCCACUGCACACAAAGCUGGCUUUUUUUUUUUUUUUUUUUCAAUGAGCAGGCUCUGCGAAUAGGUUCAGUGUUUGCGAAGGUGCAGAAUUAGCAGACACACAUGCAUGCACACAUACACACACACACAGAGGGAGAAGCACAAAAAGCAAGUAUCGGGACUGAAAUAAGGAGAGGUAGGAGUUUAAGAUGGCUGUCUGUGGGGAGAUGUGUUAACGAGGAUUUCUGCUGGCCAAGAUAACCUGCUUCCUUGGAGAGAUCUGCUUGAAGGAAGAACUUUUUUGUGUGUGUGCGUUCUGGGGAUCUGUUUGUUUGUUUAGAAUUCAGGGGGCUGCUUUUUUUUUUUUUUGCUUUUUCUUCACCCCCCCUGCAACUGCAUUUUUUUCAGCCUCUCCUAGCAGCUUUAUUCAGAUUUAUUUGGCGUGCUUUGGAGAAAGCCACUAUAUAAUCGGGAGGUCAAAGGCAGACUGAAGAAAGUUAAUAAUGGCUGCUAAUGGUGCUAACAAUUCAGGGUGAAUCUUGUCAAAAGUUUUGGUUUUUUUCCCCUCUCCCCCACCCUUUUUUUCCUCUCUCCUUUUUUUUUUUUUUUUUUUUUUUUUUUUUUUUUUUUUUUUUUUUUUUUCUGGAAGUCUCAGUCUUUUGAUUGUGUGUUUCCUGAAAGCAAGACCAAUCAUUUCAGUUUAUUCACUGGCUAAACUCUACUUGAUUGGGGACAAGCACACAAACCAUCCAUUACGAUCUGAUAUAUUAUCCAAACAAUUUAGUGUAUUCAUGAGGUAACCUAAAUGUGGAGGCUGCAAAAUUACCCGUAAUCAAUUGAAACAGCGAGUGCGCGUCCCUCUGUGUGUCUAACAACUACAUGUCUCUGUAAUAAGGCAGACAUUAAAUCAUUUUAGAGUUGUACUGUUGAGUACCUGAUCACUGGGCGCUCUGGGAAGCUGGACAGUCACAUUAGGACGCUGGGACUGAGGAAGCCGCUGCUUUUCCAGUGGGAUAAAACCCGAUCUUCCUUACUCAAGGUGCUUUACAGUUCCCCACCGAUCUCACCCUAAGUCGUGCAAUAUCCAGCAUAGACUUCGUCUUCUUCUUCUACUCUUCUAUAAUAUUUUUGUUAUCGUUGUUGGCGCUUUUUUUUUUUUUCCUUUUUGUUUUUUUGUUUUUAUUGCACUACAUGUUUGGGAAACAAGACAAAAUGGACGUUAGAUGCAGUUCAGAGACUGAAGCUAACCGGGUCUCGAAGAACGGACAUAAAGAGGGCAAGGAAAGCAAAGGGUCUGAAGGAAAUAUUUCUACUUCUUUUUUGAAGGAUCAGCAAGGGACUUUUUCUGCCUCUGCAGCUACGGAAGGUUGUAAUAAAAGUAAAUCUAGUUCGGCUGAUCCGGACUAUUGCAGGAGGAUCCUAGUUAGAGAUGCCAAAGGUUCAAUCCGAGAGAUUAUUCUGCCUAAGGGGCUUGAUCUGGACCGUCCCAAGCGGACCCGCACCUCCUUCACGGCCGAGCAGCUCUACCGCCUGGAGAUGGAGUUCCAGCGCUGCCAGUACGUCGUGGGGCGGGAGCGCACCGAGCUCGCCCGCCAGCUCAAUCUCUCCGAGACUCAGGUCAAGGUCUGGUUCCAGAACCGGCGCACCAAGCAGAAGAAGGACCAGGGCAAGGACUCCGAGCUGCGGUCGGUGGUGUCCGAGACCGCCGCCACCUGCAGCGUGCUGCGGCUGCUGGAGCAAGGCCGGCUGCUCUCCCCGCCGGGGCUGCCGGGCCUGCUGCCGCCCUGCGCCUCGGGCGCGCUGGGCUCGGCGCUGCGCGGGCCCGGCCUGGCCGCGGCGGGCAGCGGCAGCGCGGCGGCGGCCCCGGGCGGCGGCGGCUCCCCGCACCCUCCGGCCGCCAGCGGCGCGCCCGGGCCGCCCCCGCCCGCGGCGCUGCACGGGGCGGCGGGCCACGGCCUCUUCGGGCUGCCCGUGCCCGCGCUGCUGGGCUCGGUGGCCGGCCGCCUCUCCUCCGCGCCCCUGGCCGUGGCCGGCUCGCUGGCGGGCAACUUGCAGGAACUGUCGGCCCGCUACCUGAGCUCGUCCGCCUUCGAGCCCUACUCCCGGACCAACAAUAAAGAGAGCGCUGAGAAAAAAGCACUGGACUGACUCUAAGUACCUUCCCCCUAUUUAUAUUUAUAGUCUCUAUUUGUGGCGGUAUUUAUGGGACGGGCGGCCGCAGCCGCCCCCCCGCUCCCCGCCGCCCCCGAGCCCCGCGGCGCGGCUCCCUCCGCGGGCCGGGGCGGAG